AUGCUGUUGCUACUGUCGCUGCUGUCUCUCCUGCCGCCGCCGCUGCUGCCGCCGCCGCCGCCGGUCCUGCUUUUGCUUUUACUUCUCCUGCGUGACAGUGGUUUUCUCCAUCUGAGCAGACCCCAGUUUCAGAUGCUCGAGGUGAGAAACAUGCCUUUCCGUUUGGGCUACUGGUUUACUUAA